AUGGAGAAUGCAGCUGCUUUUGAAGACUUCAUCACAAGGGAUAUGGAAAAGUUCUGUAAGGCCUACUUCUCUAACACCCCUAAAACUGAUGUACUUGACAAUAACAUCAGUGAAACAUUUAAUGGAUUCAUUUUUAAUGCAAGGGGUAAACACAUAAUUCAUAUUUGUGAAGAGAUUAGGACCUCUCUUAUGUGUAGAAAGGUGAAAAAGUUGACCUCAGUGAAAGAUAGUGCUGAUAAUCUCUGUCCUAAUGUGAGAAAAAAGCUGAAAUCACUUAUGUUUGAGAGUAGGAAUUGUAUCUCAUUUUCAGCUGUUGGUGGGAAGUUUGAAAUUCAAUUGAAUGCUGAUAGGUUUGUAGUAGAUGUUGAAGAGAUGACUUGUGCAUGUAUGGUGUGGCAGUUGGUUGGAAUCCCCUGUGUACUUAGCAUAUGUGCCAUUCAGUUUAUGGGUAGGGAGGUUAGUGACUUUGUUCAUGAGUACUACUCCAUUAGUAAGUAUUUGGAAGCAUGUAGAGUGGGAAUAGAGCCCAUUAAUGAACAUGUGCUAUGGCCAGAGGUUGAGGGGUUCACUGUAAAGCCUCAUGUGGUUAGAAGGAUGGCAGGUAGACCCAAGUUAAAAAGAAAAGGUCAGUAG